CUCACUUUCUUGCUCUUCCAACCAAAACUACCAACUGCAAAAUCGACCCAAAAACAAUUCUUGUUGAAUUCUUGAUUUUUUUUCUCAACAAUUUUUCUUCUGUUAGCUUGGAUUUCCAAGAAUGUAGAAUGUGCGGUUAAUCACUCCAAAGCUCCUUCAAAAUAAACAAAAAAAGUAAUACUCAGAUUGAAUUAUUUUUGUGAUUAUUGGUUGAAAUUGGGACUAGACUACGAAAAGGGUCAAGAUUGCAUUGCCUCAGAUCCUGGUAAAAUCUUUUUCUAUAGGGAAAAGAUUCGUCUUUUUUUAAAAAUUUCAUGUGAUUCUUGAAACCCUGUUUGUGUGUGUGAGAGAGAGCUGGGAUGUUGCAAUUUCAUAUCUGUUGAAUGUCUGAACCUUUUGGGAUUUUCAUAUCUGUUUCUGUUGAAGCUAUCAGAUUUGGCAAGCUUAUUCGAGACGCUGCGAUUCGAUGCUGCAUUUUAUAUGUUCAUCCGUUUGCCGUGUAUCUUGUGUGAUGUUGAUUGAUUGGAAUGUGAGCUUUUACUUCUAGUUUUUUCAUGGAUUUUUCGAGAAAGGGGCUAUGAGUUAGUGUUAACAAUGAGUUUAAAUAGCUCUUGCUAUUUAGUUAGAGGUUGUGAUGGUGCCUAUUAGAUUAGGUUGUUCCACAUUUCACAAUACCGGGAUUUGGAAGUUGCACGAGUGCUAUGAGCUUCGAGCUGAUGGAUGAUGUCUUGCGUUCUGAGAUUGAAGCUCCAACGAGUGUAGGUGGUGGGAAUAAGGAUGGUGCCUUGAGUGAUUCGGGGAGUGAGAUUAGUUCCAUGGUUUACUUGGAUUCUGAAGGGAAUAGGAGUGGGGUGUCGUCUGAGAAUGAAAACUGGUUACCUACCGGUAUAAGGCAAGAGAGUGAAGAUGGCUCGUUGUUAUUGGAGGGUGAUCCGAAUCUUGAUGGCCUAUCUGUGAAGAGUGAUGCUAGUAGUUUAUGUGGGGAUAAUGUGUUAGGUUUUGAAGUGAAUUCUGAAACCGGGACGCCCUUUGUAGACGUUGGAAAUAGUAGAAGCGAUGUUGAGCUUGUUUCUGACACUAGUGGAUCUCUGUCUGUAGCAGUUGGUAAUGGAGAGGAGGUUAUAGAUGGCGCCACCAGCUCGAGAUCAUCCACGGAUGCUGCGCCGUUGGACAUAGGGCUGAACGGGAGAGCCAGCCGUAGUAUUUUUGAGGUGAGCUACGUGCCACUUUGGGGGCUUAUGUCCGUGUCUGGUAGGAGACCGGAUAUGGAAGAUGCAGUGUCGAUCAUACCACAUUUUGUGGAAAUCCCUCUUCAGAUGCUCGUUGAUCGCCCUCCUGAUGGACUCACUUCCCCUGUGACUCAUGUGACGGGGCACUUCUUUGGAGUCUUUGACGGCCAUGGAGGCGCUCAGGUUGCGGAUUAUUGUAGGGAUCGUAUUCAUUCUGCUUUGGCCGAAGAGAUUGAAAUGAUCGUUAGAGACUUAAGUGAUGGAGGAGAUAGAAGGGAACAUCGUGAAGAGCUGUGGACGAGGGCGUUCACUAGAUGUUUUCUCAGGGUGGAUGAUGAGGUUGGAGGGAGAGGCGGCCGUGCACCCAUUGCUCGGGAGACUGUUGGCUCAACUGCUAUUGUUGCAAUAGUUUGCACGUCGCAUAUAAUAGUGGCUAACUGUGGUGAUUCGAGGGCUGUUCUCUGUCGUGGGAGAGAAGCCGUCGCCCUAUCCGUGGAUCACAAGCCUGAUAGGGAAGAUGAAUAUGCCAGAAUCGAAGCAGCCGGAGGCAAGGUAUUCAACUGGGACGGAUGUCGUGUCUCCGGAGUUCUUGCUAUGUCUAGAUCUAUCGGAGAUCGAUAUUUGAAGCACCUCGUUAUCUCCGAUCCGGAGGUGACGGUCGUUCCACGCACUAGAGACGACGAGUGCCUCAUUCUAGCCAGUGAUGGUUUAUGGGACGAGAUGACGAAUGAGGAGGCAUGUGACGUCGCACGUAGGGUUUUACAGCUGUGGCACAGGAACAACGCGGCCACACCUCCAUCCGAGAGAGGCGAGGGUGCGGAUCCUGCAUCACGAGCAGCAGCCGAGGCUCUCACACACCGUGCCCUUCAGAAAGGGAGCGGGGAUAACAUAUCUGUUGUUGUCUUGGACUUGAAACGCCAACGAAGGGGUAGGAGCAGACGUUAGCAUCGCCACCGCCGGCUGAUUCAACUUAAAUGGCGGCGAUCUCGUUCGGCAUCCUCGUCGGUGGUGCUCACAAUAGGUGUGUAGCAUAGUUUGAAGAAGUAUGUCAUAUCAUAUGCCUCCGACCUAAAAGGGUGUGUGAGGUUUUUGAACUUUGUGUUUUAUUGUAAUUGAAUAACACAAGCUUUUCUUGAUUAUUGAAAUUUCAUGGAUCGAUUGAGAAUAA